AUGGCCGACCACGAACAACCAUACGAUCCAUAUAUCCCGUCUGGAUCAAGCCAGCCUGCAACUACUGGAAAUGGCAAUCAAAGAACAGCAGCGCUCCAAGCGCAAAUCGACGAUACCGUCGGUGUAAUGCGCGAAAACAUCAACAAAGUCUCCCAGCGCGGUGAAAACCUCGAUUCGUUGCAAGACAAGACUGAUAACCUUGCCGUUUCUGCACAAGGAUUCCGUCGCGGCGCAAACCGGGUGAGAAAGCAGAUGUGGUGGAAGGACUUCAAAAUGCGCAUAUGCAUAAUUGUUGGCAUCAUUAUACUUCUUGUUGUCAUUAUUGUGCCUUCGGGUAUGUGA